AUGGACAGUACUUUACUUUUUCAUGAAUACACAGAUAUUUCCGAGAUGUCAAAUCUAGAACCGAGAGAACAAAUCCUCAUCCUCCAAGCCGAUCUGUUGGAAAUAAAGAAAAAGGAAAUGGAAUUUCAAAUGGAACUUGAAAAUAUUGAGAGGGGAUUUGUUUCCAUGAUUAAGCAUUGCGGAAUCUCCUCGGACAAUUUCCCCUUUCCUACCCCGGUCAAGAAGACUUUAGGAAGUCCUUCAUUCCAGUUUUCCACGCCUGGCUCUCUCACACGAGUAACUGCCAUUUCUAAUCUAGCCGAGGAAGAUACGUUCGGCAUCAGUCCGCAAGAAAACAAUGACCAAAGCGUUUGCGACGACACCAUGGUCAGUUAUUUGAGCGAAGAAACCAAUACAACUUUCUUUUUUGCUGAGACUGAGAAAGAAUUUGAGAAGGAAAAUGUUGCUGAGAGGAGAAUUGAGACAAGUCAACUUGUGCCCGUUUUGGAUGUCGACGGGAAGAAAAUUUAUAGAGUUGUUGAAGGCUGUGAGAACUCAACUAAGCAUUCCUUAUCCAAAAACGAGAAAGACGGAUCUUGUCCAAGAGCAUCAUCAACCAUGAUCAACCAAAGGAUCUCAGAAAGCGCUACAAAGAGUCAGAAGAUGAGCAAACAGAGAAGUCAUCCACGCGCUUGCUCUACAUUGAUUGGACGUGAUGUUUUAGUGGAAGAAACGAUGGAAAUGGAUGGUAGCAGCUUUCGGAUAAAUGACAUCACUUCUAGUACGUUAUGUAUCAAAGACAGCGUGAUCGAGGAAAGCAACAUGUCGUUCUUUGAUCAUGUUGAUGAUGACCUAGCAAACUUUCCUCUCACUAGUACAAAAAUCAGCCUUACUAGAAAUACAGAUGCUCAUACUGUUCCCGAUCUAAGUGAUUCAUUGAUCAAAAUUUCCAGUGAUUCUACUAAGCAUCAUAAGUUGCAAAAGAAAUGCAACAGACAUCUGGCAAUGGGAAACGUGAGCAUAUCUGGCUGCUCAACUCUUGGUUCAAUGGGAGAUGAUUCUGUCUUCGAAAAACCCCGAGCAUCACAGAAGAAUAACACAAAUGGCACGAAAAAGAGAGGGUUACUCAGGAGACAGUCUCGCAAAACAAAACUGGUGGACACUAAAGCUUUAAUAAAGAAAAUGAAGAACUUUAGUAACAGUUUUAGAAGUCAAGAAUUUAGAGAUGCUAAUACCUUAUUGGUGAUAUGA